AUGCUGGGAGGAUGGCUUUGCGAUGUUUGCCCCAUCAAAGUGGCCAUGAGCUGCUGUAUCGGCAGCUCCGCGCUCUCGGUGCUCUCGGUGCCCUUCGCCGCCGCCACGGGCAACGCAUGGAUUUUGUCAGCCAAUUUCUUUCUGCUGGGAUGCGUGGGCUCCGCCUUGGUCUCCUUCACGGUCUCCGCCGCCUGUUGGAGUUUCCCCGGGAAGGAGGUCGGCCCAGUGUUGGCCACCUGCAAUGGAGCAUUCGGAAUGACCAGUGCUGCUUUGCCGCUGAUUUUCAAGCUACUGCAUUGGCAAGGCAAGGCUGUGGUGGAGUACAGUUUCGUGGCUGCGUGCUCUUUGCCACCCUUGGCCUUCCUUUUAGCCAGCCAGGCACCCACGCGGCCUGUGGAGAAAAGUCUGGAGGAGAUCGAGUCUGAAGGGGACCAGGAUGCUGCUUUGCACCGUGUCCGCAUCCAGCAAUGGGUGGCGGUGAUCGCAGCAGCUGUGGCGCAGUUCCUCUUCUCAGGUGCCAAUUCAGCGUUGCUCAGCUGGAUAGUUCUCUACUCGGCUGACGAGCUGGAGGAUCGAUCCGUGGCGCCCUUCUUGGUGAGCCUUUUGCAAAGUUCUUUGAUGUUGGGCUCCUUUGGCGCCUCGAGAUAUCAGCGAUACUUUGCCUUGUGGAACUUGGCCCGGUUUCAAGUCUUCGCAGUGCUCUCAGGGCUCUUGCUUUGGCUCCCCUUCACCAAAUCCAUCUUCGCCACCGUCUGUGCGCUGGCAUGGUAUGGCUUAGCAGGUGGACCUUUAGUCACUUAUUGCAGCACCUUGCUGAAUCAACAUUGCAGCCCGAGUGGGUUGCAACUCGCAGUUAUCAAUGUUGGUGGCAACUUCGGCGCCAGCGCAGGACCUUUCAUCGUUGGCAUCUUGAUGAUCAAGUCUGGGCCAAGUGCCUUGCCCUUGACAGUGUCCUACGCCUUCUUGGCCGCCUUGCUGGGUUUCGGCGUCGCCUCCAUCGAGCGCCGGCCUAAGGGUGAACCUUUGCUGGGCGCGGGCGGGCAAUGA